UUUUCUACCUUCAAGCUCUCUCUCUCUCUCCCAUUUGUAUAUAAUCAAAUCACACAAGACUCGUGAGAAGAGGACGAAACGCGUUUUCUGUGCCGAGAGUCAAUUCAACCUUUCUAUUUUUUCAUUUAAUUCGAAUCGGUACUUCUUCUUCUUCUUCUCGAGAGAAGGCGAAUUAGGUUACGAUGGGGAUGGACUUGCGGGUUGUUCCGGCGGAGGAGUGGUGGGAGCGAGGGAGAGAUUCUAGCCUCGACGGUGAAUGUGACCUAGGCCUUAUGGUUACGGAUUUUCUCGAGACGGGAGGUGGUGGAAGCGGCGGCGGUGGUGGUGGUGGUGAUUCGUGGUGUAGCAGCGACAGCGAUUCUGGAUUCCCGGAUCCUUCUUACCUUUCCGAUAAGAUUCAGUUUCUCAAGUACUCAAUGCCUCAGCACGAAACCGAGGUUCUCUCCGCGGUUCGGACCCUGAUGCUUUCUAUUAAAGAGAAAGAUCUCCACUCUGUGAAGUCCGGUACAUGUAACGCCAGUUGCAUCAGGUUUUAUCUCGCAAAGCUCUUACGCCUUUCCGGAUAUAACGCUGCUGUUUGUUCAGCAAGAUGGCAAGGCACUGGCAAAGUUCCUGGUGGAGACAACGAAUACGUAGACAUCAUAUUGAGUGAUACUCCUCUCGGCCAAGACGACCGUUUGAUCAUCGACAUUGAUUUCAGAAGCCACUUUGAAAUCGCUAGAGCUGUUGAUUCAUACCAACGGAUAAUGGAAUCACUACCAGUGGUCUACGUGGGAACGGUUGCGAGACUAAACCAGUUCCUCCAAGUAAUGGUCGACGCGGCUAAAUUCUCCUUAAAGCAGAACUCAAUGCCGUUGCCUCCAUGGAGAUCGCUGAACUACCUGCAGUCCAAAUGGCUUUCGCCGUACAAGCGCCAUCUUGGACCGAUCAAUCAAGAAGGUCCCGGAAUGUUCUCACCGGGACUGCACAAACAGUGUGCUGAGAAUCUCAAGAGGCUUCAGUUUGCUCUUCAUGCCGAACAAGAGGCAGAGAGAUUCGUGAAGAAGAAGAAGAAGAGCCGCGAGAGGAUAAGAAUUCACGGGGCUCCUUGAGAGUUUGUACAAAUGUGGCUAUCAUGAGGCCAAAAGAAUUUUGCUCUGUUUGAGUCAAUUUUUCUGAGUGUAAUAUUUGUUUUUGCGGCUGUGUCUUGUUUUUUAUAUGAGGGGUUUACACUAGUAGCCAAGAUUAUAGGCUUUUAUACAAAGAAGAAAAUAUACAAAAUAACACGUCAGGUACCUUAACAUUUUCCACAGUUGUAUGAUUUGGUCUUUGGGAGAGUUUGUUCUAACUUUUAACCAUGUUUCACUGUUAUGAUAUUUUUUUCCCACCGUCGCA